CUCCUUCGCUUUGAAACGGCAACGUCGCCUUCAUCGAACAAAGUACCAUUCCCCAUCCACACUGUCGUAUCUUGGGCCACUCGACAACCAUACCCAACAUGAAACUGUCCGGGCCACCGCUCGUCUUGGUCGCGACUGGCGUCAUCGGCUCCGCAUGGCUGUCUGGUGAGUCUCAACCCCACGAAUUGCAAGCUCGGGGUCACAAUGCGGGAAUACUCUCUUCAUACCUCUCUAAUGCUGCCAUAGGGGCCAUCAUAUCAUUCUCGAUCGGCGGAGCUCCAGCUGCUGCUGCAGUGAACCAAUCGUCUGCUAAGAUAUGGGCUGAACUGUACAAGCGUGGAGCUGCUUCGAUGCCCAAGUUCGCCGUCGGCACUUCUUUGGCUUACAUUCUUGCGGCAUACAGUGCGUAUGGCAACGGCGGGCCAUGGGGGAGCUACCUGGGAGCCUCUGCUUGCGUGCUGUCCAUCGUACCUUUUACCCUGACAGCCAUGAAAGAUGUCAACGGGUCAUUGCACGAAGAGGCUGACAGAGAAGCCAGUGAGGAGACGCAGGUGUCCACGGUGCGCGUCAAGGGGCUCCUGGAUAGAUGGAUCACCUUGAACCUGGUUAGAGGGCUCUUACCGCUUGCUGGAACAGCCCUGGGCUGCUUUGCAUUCUACCAUGAGGGAUUCUGAUGGCACAAAUUGUCGCUCUGUCGAUAUCGAUACGUGUUCCACCAGCCCAGAUUGCCUAAAAGGCUGGCCGCGUGUCGUUCUUGGGUUCUCCUGUGUUCUCGAUUCAACUGUCAAGAUGCAACA